GAAAAGCACCGCCUCACUCCUUGCAAAAAUGGCGACCGAGGGUGAUGUGGAUUUGGACCUGGAAGCCGACGAAAACUGCACUGGGAAGCCAGCAGAAAAGCCUCGUAAACAUGACAGCGGUGCCGCCGAUUUGGAGAGGGUCACUGAUUAUGCGGAGGAGAAAGAAAUAUCUAGUUCCGAUUUACAAACGGCCAUGUCAGUAAUCGGAGACAGAAGGUCACGAGAACAGAAAGCCAAACAAGAGAGAGAAAAAGAGUUGGCCAAAGUCACUAUCAAGAAAGAGGACGUGGAGUUAAUUAUGUCAGAGAUGGAAAUUUCGAGGUUCGCAGCAGAGCGCAGUCUGAGGGAACACAUGGGCAACGUGGUGGAAGCUCUUGUGGCUCUAACCAGCUGAGCACGCACAUGUAUGCACAGGACUCUUUCAUCGCUUUUGUUCAGACCAAUUUCGAUAGGAUUGAAUUCCUCAAAUUCAAUGUAAUGAUCAGGGGGAAAGUUUUCACAAUAAAAUAUUUUGAAGACCUAU